AUGACUGCUUCUGAUUCGGCACGUGCUGUGCAUCACGAAAUCGGCCAGUCUUUGAUCGAACUUGGACCGGAUGGCACAACUGCAAGUGCUGAGACAUACUGCACCGCCACAACAGUCAACGAGGCCGACGGUCAAGAGACCUGGAUUACUUUCUUGGUCCGAUAUGUAGACCAAUUCGAGAAGAGGGACAGAUCAUGGAAGAUCUCGCACCGUUUUGUUGCCUUUGAUGCCGUCUCAGACAAGGCUAUCAUGCAAUACUUGCCAAAGGCCAACCUGGGCACUCGAGAUGAGGAAGACUAUUCUAGGAAGGUAUUGAAAGACCGAUGCGAUCUGAGAGAUCAAACUGCAGCUAUUACUAUCAACUCGGUAGACAUAGAUGCUCUUCUUGGACACAUCCAUUCAUCACAGUCACCCAUAGCAGUACUCUGUACUCCAUGUCGUUUUGUAUUAUGUCUUACAUCUUCUUUCCUUCCUGCUCUCAGUAGGUACCUACUUUAG